CACCAUCUGAUCGUCCACCAAGACCAUCACCAACUGAUCGUCCACCAAGACCAUCACCAACUGAUCGUCCACCAAGACCAUCACCAACUGAUCGUCCACCAAGACCAUCACCAACUGAUCGUCCACCAAGACCAUCACCAACUGACCGUCCACCAAGACCAUCACCAACUGAUCGUCCACCAAGGCCAUCAUCAACUGAUCGUCCACCAAGGCCAUCACCAACUGAUCGUCCACCAAGACCAUCGCCAACUGAUCAUCCAUUUUCUACUAUCUAUCCAUCAUCAACACCAUUAGUCUCACCUCCACCAGUGUCUUGCGAAUCAGGGUCUAUUCGUUUAAGGAAUGGUCGAUCUCCUUAUAGUGGUCUUGUUGAAAUAUGUCGUUUUAAUACUUGGGGCACAAUAUGCAGUAACAGUUGGGACAGGAGAGAAGCUCUUGUUGCUUGCAGACAGUUAGGAUACCCAGGAACAGGCUCAAAGGCUCUUAGAUUCUACAACAGGACAAGAGGGCCUAUACAUUACACUAAUAUGCAGUGUCAUGGUUCAGAGACUAGCCUCCUGGAUUGUCCCCUACAGCAAACUAAUCAGAAUUAUUUCUGUAGCAGUAGAGGAAAUUCUGGAGUAGAAUGCAGUGCUCCGUGUACUUAUGGUAGUGUCACUCUUCUCGACUACACUGGUACACCUACUAAUCGUAGCACUGGCACUGUUGGUUUAUGCAUUGGAGGAAUGUGGACUGUUGUCUGUGACUACUCAUGGAGUUUUAGAGCUGCAAGUGUGGCAUGUAGAAGCUUACAUGGUCACUCUGGACAUGGUGCAAUUCCUCUCCUCAGUCAAGGAGUAGUCAGUUAUGCUGGAGUUUUUUCAAUUGGUGGAUUCUCUUGUCAAGGGAAUGAAAGAAGUUUACUUACCUGCGGAUACUUGAAUGUGUCUUGCACUGACAGACAGUAUGCUGGGGUAAUCUGUAAAAGGACCUCAAGACCUGUUUGUAAUCAUGGCUCCCUUAGGCUUGUUAAUGGUAGCAGUAACUACACUGGUAGGCUUGAGGUAUGCAUCAAUGGUCAAUGGGGAACAGUCUGUAGUGAUCAAUGGAAUAGUGUGAAUGCUAGAAUUGCCUGCAGGCAAAUGGGAUUUCCUGGAGGACGUGCACAGAGUACUACCAGAUAUGGCCCUGGAGUUGGUUCUAUAUUUCUCAGCAAUGUUGUGUGUUAUGGUCACGAGAGAUCACUACUGAACUGUUACUCACAGACGCGUCAUACUUGUACACACAGUCAAGACAUUGGGAUCAACUGUGAAGCUCCUUGUCAAAGUGGUGAAGUGGUAUUAGUGAAAUCUGAUGGUUCCCCUUCAAAUGAUGGAGUUGGUAUGAUAAGAGUUUGUCAAGCUGGAGAAAGAGGGACUAUAUGUGAUGAUGGUCACUGGGAUUAUCCUGAUGCUGCUGUUGUCUGCAAGCAAGUUGGCUAUUCACCAUUUGGUGCUCUUCCACGCUAUGGCUUGAAGCUAGGAGCCUCAUACAAUGUGACUCCAGUAUUAUCAAGAGUUGAGUGUCUUGGAAAUGAGUCUAGUAUUAGACAAUGUCGCAAGAGCUCAGCGAUACACUCAAAUUGCAAUGAGUAUGUGGGAGUUGAAUGCUAUGGAUCACAGACACCUCCCAGUAACUGCACUCAUGGUGAUGUAAGACUAAUGGGUGGUAGUCAAAUGGAAGGAAGACUCGAGUUGUGCAUCAAUAACAUGUGGGGAACAGUCUGUGAUGAUUUCUUUGAUGUGAGAGAUGCUCGUGUCACGUGUAGGAAACUAGGAAAUCAGUUAGGAAUGACAUUAACAGGAGCUCCAUCUUCAGUGCCUUAUGGUGCUGGGAGUGGUCCAAUAUUUCUUGAUAACAUGGGGUGCAAUGGAAAUGAGAAUGAUCUAUUGAACUGCUAUUCAAACCAACCUGGUCUGCACAAUUGUCAGCAUUUUGAAGAUGUUGGCAUUACUUGCACUCCUAUGUCAUAAUGCAAAACAUUAAAUAAAUACUUUUCUGCUGAAAAUUUGUAAUUUUUGUACAUAGAUGUUUUGAUGAUAAAA